AUGGAUUUGCCUCUCGAGUUGCCGGAUAUUCCAAUGGGGCCGGACUCGCCAGACGAUAUUCCUUUGCAUCUGCCAGAAAUUCCUCAUUUAGGACUUAUGCAAGACUUUGACAGAUCUUAUCCUUCCACUUGCGCAGCGUGUGAUCAGCUGGAUGAGGAAGUGGAUGGACCCGACAUACGGGCGAAGAAGAUCAUUGCCGAUUACUGGACCAUAGGGAUCAGUUGCUAUCGGCAAUCGCAUCAGAUUGGAAGCAUGUCGACCUUCUUUGACCUGUGCCUCGAUGUCACGAACGACAUCUACGAACAGCACGUUGGUGAGGAACGUUUGGGCGAAAAGGCCUUCAAACAUUGGGCGCGAGAUGUGGAGGCCAUGAAGAAGGCUUUUCCUUACCUCUCCGAGCAGGGGAUUGGGUACACUGGAUAUCGCAGUGGCGAAUCCGGAUGGGGGGACAAAUCCUUGCCCAGGACUGGACACAUACACGUGUCGCAGCUCUCGCUGGGGGAGGUCUGCAAGCUGGGCAAGUCGGGGCUGUGCACAGAUGGUCCAUACAGCUCUGCAGUGCUUGGGCUUGCUGUGGGGAUCCUCGCAGUGGCAAGCAUAGCGGCAGUGGACGACUUGCCUCUCCACGUGCAGCGCUUCUUGGGGGCAAUCCGCAUCGCGUCCACGCAGCUGAAGCGACGACAGAACUUGAGCGUGGACCCUUUCAUGCUCACAAGCUUCUUCGAGAAGAUGAUCGCACCAGACCUUGGCCAGAAAGAUGAUAGCCAAGUCUCCAAGAUCUUGAAGGGGGUCAUUGAGAAGUACAACCAGCAAUGCAUAUUCGAACCUUUGAACCGUUUGGACGGGAAGCUGGAGACGAUUGUCGUUCGCCUACUAUGCCCAACGAGUUUCCCAAAAGCGGUUCUGGGUAAGCUCAGAGAGGACGUGAGUCGGAGUCGAAGUUUCUCCUCAAGUCCAUUCCCGUUGAAUUUAUUGGCCUUCCAAGGGCUUUGGGUUGGAGGUGCAGUUCGCGCCUCGUCACAUCCAGACUGGCAGAAGAUCCUGGUCGCCACGGUUGAUUCGCUUGAGUUGACCAGGCAGCACUGUGUGGAAGUUUUCUCACAGAGCGGGAAGCCAAUCAAUGUAUCGGAAGCCCUCAGUGUGACUGUGGCAAUCAACGUGCGUGAGCACGCGCUUACAGCAGUGUCGGAAGAUGCAAAGAAGAAGUGGCUGGAGGAAGUGUGCAAUGGAGCCCACUCGACAUCCAUCGACCGGCUGCUCAGCCAACCCCUCGCAGAGGACUUCAAGCUGCAAGAUGCUGCCAAGUUCUUUUCCCAUGCGUUGCCAGGUGUUCGUGCGGUGCUGACAACCGCGACUUUGUCCGUGGGAUCUUCGCUGAGCAAUGAUCUUGCGAAGCAAAACGCGGCAGAGCAUUACUACGCCCUUCUGGAGGACGAGGAAAAGAGAUGGAAGCAGCGGUUUGCAGAAAUGACGGUGAAGGUUUCCUCGUGUGAAGAGCAGAAUUUGCUUACCUGUCCAGGCAGGCUGGGACAUCACCUGGGCUUGGGCUCCCAGGUGAACGUGAUUGAAGUGCUCCAGCUACUUGAGGCCUAA